AUGGAAUUAAAGAACGCCGAAGAAGUAAAGUUCGAUCAGGAUCUCUGGCUUAUUCAAAUAAAGGAAGGUCUGCAAAUACGUGGCAAGCAAAAAGAAGAAAAGGAGAUUUGCAUAUCCGUUUUUGAUGUGCCCAAGGAGUUGUUGGCAAUGACGCCAGAAGCGUAUAUUCCGCAGUGCGUCUCCAUUGGACCAUAUCACCAUUCUAGAUCACAGCUGUACGAAAUGGAGAGAUAUAAAGUAUCUGCUGUGCGAAGGUUUGAGAAGACGCUAACCGGUGGCUGCAAGUUCGAAUCAGUAGUGGAAGAAGUGAAGAAGUACGACUGGCAGUUCAGGAACUGCUACCACAAAUAUCUCGACUACAAGAAGGAAACCCUGACAUGGCUUAUGGCUCUUGACGCCUCCUUCGUGCUUGACUGCUUGCAGUUCCAAGUCGAACGGGCAGACCAGCCUUCUUCACAAGUGUCUUCCCACGGUAAGCCACUGGGCAGAGUUUUGGAUCCAACUGGGAGGAGCGCAAUCCACAAUGCGAUUAUGAGAGAACUGAUGAUGCUAGAGAAUCAGUUACCUUUGUUUCUCUUGCAGAAGCUGCUCGAAAUGGAGUUGGGUUCUCAAGAUAAGGCGGAAGAAAGUCUCUGCAAAUUGGUGACUCGCGCCUACAUGAACGAUACCAUUUCUAAGAAGAAUGAUGACGGGAAUGUCCUGUCCCCGGAUUCAACGUACAUAACGCGUGCUCUGAAAGCUUUAUGGAAGGCCCUCUCUUCGUUAGAAAUCAGCCUUGAUCAACUUGUCUCGGCACUCCCUGAGGGUGUCUUGAAAGGAAAGACUGUCCAGUUGGUGACACAGAUGUCCACGCAUCUUGUUUCCGCUUUUGAAACUCUUUCAAUUAAGCGCAAAGAUGAAAUUGAUGAGGAAAAAGAUGAGGAGAGAGGAUAUUCCUCUGCGGAAACUCCUCCUACGCGUGAUGAAUUAGCGAUUCCCUCCGUCUCCAAUUUAUACUCAGCAGGAGUAAAAUUCCUUCCAACCGAGGGAGACCUUACCACAAUUCGCUUCGACCCGAGGACUGCAACUCUUUAUCUUCCCAAAUUGAGGUUAGAUUCGAGCACGGAAGUAGUUCUCAGGAAUUUGGUGGCGUUCGAAGCUUCGGCGGCUCCUGGUGAUUUGAUCUUCACUCGUUAUAGUGAUUUCAUGAACGGCAUCAUCGACAAAGAGGAAGAUGUUCGGCUUCUGAGAAAAAGCGGGAUUAUCUACAAUCAUCUGGCAGACGACGGGAAAGUGGCAAGCCUGUGGAAUGGCUUGGGUAAAUGUGUGAAAUUGACGAAAGUAAAACAUUUGGAUCAAGUUAUAGCGGAUGUGAACAAGCAUUAUCACAAGAGAUGGCGCGUUGCUGUUAAGAACAACAUAAGCAAAUACAUAAUUGGUUCAUGGGAGCUCCUCACUGUUGUGGCCGCAGGGAUACUUUUGCUCCUCACUUGCUUAGAGGCUUUUUGUUCUGUGUAUGAGUGUAAACAUUGGUGGAACAACACUAGUUAA